UCGGCGGAAGUAAAUUUCAUCAGUGUAAUCGAAGUUGAGGACAAUAUUUGAUUAUUACUGCAGCUUAUCUGAUAGAAUUAAAAGAAAAAUGCCUCCCAGAAAACGCAGAACAAGGGCAGUGUCGAGGGCAAAGCCAAAGGCUCCAUCUGGAGACGAAGGAAAAGAUCUGACCCUUGAGGAAAGGAGAGCGAAGAUGGAAUUGUUUUUGAAGGACUUUGAUGUUCAUGUGAAGGAUCGUAUUGCCAAGAUGAGAGCUGAAGCCAAAAGGAACUGUCAGAAAAUAGAGAGUUUGUACAGGUUGGAAUUAACCAAACUGCCAAAACAUAUAAGAGACAUGAAAAGAUCAGAAUUUCUCAAACUUGGUGGUACUAUCAGUGCAGUCAGCAUGCAUGAGGCAGAGGAACUUGUAGGAACGCUUUCAGCCACCAUAGAUUCCAAACUUUCCUGUCAGAGAUUGAGAACUGUUUCCAAGACAUCUAGCACAUGUGCUACCAUAGAAGAAGAGGAAGAAGAAACCACAACCAAAAAGAAACCAACGCGCAGAGGAAAGGCGGUGCUGGGAGAUGCCAGUAACAUGCCCCCUCCACCUCCACCCACCACAGGAAGAACUAGAAGGGCCACAGCCAGGACAACACAGAAUGCAAGCUACCAAACACCUUUUGGUAGAGCUGGAGGAAAGACCACCUGUGAUACUCCCCUCUUUACCCCAAGGUUUGACCCCAGACUCCCAAACACCCCUGGCACCGUCCUGCGUAAGCAGCGAGAGGGAGAGAAGACAGUGACGAGCGUGGUGAAAUACUCCAUGGCAGGCAGUCCUCUGGCCCCAGAAGGUCCAGUCAUGCCUGAUGUCUUCCUCCCUGUGGGAGAUGGACAGAUGAUUGCACUGAAUGAAGCUAACGUGGACGAGGUAAUGGAUAAUCUCGACGAACAGACGAAAUCGACACUGGAAAUUGUGCACAAAAGACUGGCAGCCAUGUUUGCUAAAUAGCAAGGAAUCAUCAACUUGAAAUGGCGUAUAAAAAGAAAAAGAAGUGCUGUCAGAAUGAAUUUUGUGUGACUCUUCUGAUGUCAUCUUUUUAUGAAGAAACAGAAGGGCAAAAGAUGUACAGGCUUUUGACAGAACUCAAGACUUACUGACUCAAAGGGAGCAAGUUGUGCAAACUGAUUCAACUGUUUCUUCAUUUCAUCUUAUUGUUCCAAAGUCAAUAUCACAUCAUGGUAUUGGUCUU